UUGCUAGCAACCUUCAUACAACGUCUAGAUUAUCCAGAGAACCAACACAUUACUACAGUAUACAUUAUCGAUCUGAGUUCAGCGCCAUUAAGGUUACUGUAAUGAAAUGGAUGAAAAUACUAAUUUAUUACAAACUUGGUUUAGCAAAGCAAUAGCCAUGUCUUCAAGUAGAAAAAGAUCUAAAGUAAUCGCCGAAAUGUGCGAAAAAUGGGACUAUGCACCUAUGCUUAAAAAAAUAAAAGUUAAGGAGGAAACGAAAGAAUAUAUCGAAUUAACACAGAGAUUCGAAGCAGCAGUAAACGAUAUUCUAGCUGGAGCAAAAGAGGAAUUGGUCGCUAAGAAUUAUGAACUUGAUUUCGAGACACUGUGUGAGGAGGUACUCCGCUUCAAAAAUUCUGGGGCGAAGAUGUACGAGUACAAUGGAACCGGGAGAAUUUUCUCGUUUAAAGAGGAGUUACUGUUAUUGAAGCUCUUGGCCGCAAUUCCGCAAGCCCAUUGCAUAUGUCAGGCCUGCACGUUAGAACGAUUGCCGUAUGUGGCUUAUCAUAUGGCUCAACAGAAAAAUAAGAUAUAUCCGCGUGAGUGGGACGUAAAUCAUCGAGCAGGAAAAGGAUGGCUGAUAAAUUUCAAAAUAGAAUACGAUUAUGAGAUCUUCAACUCAUUCCCGGCUGUAUGCAAGCUGAUACAAAACAAUCUGAGUGAAGUAAACGAAAAAAAGAAAUAAAAGAUAUUGUCUAUUAUAAAUUCAAUUUCACAAAAUUAAUAGAUCAUGUAGACAAAUUCUAA